AUGAAUGGCAGAUAUUCUGCUCUUCCAGUAUCUUCAUCUGUAGAAUUACCAUUACACGAUGAAUAUCAUGUCCAAUACCCAAACCCCAGGUCUUCCCAACAAGACUUCUUAAAAUUGGCAACCCUCGGCGACAAACAGGAUACCGACCAUGGUGAUGAUAUUGAUGACGAUGAUGAUCUUUUAUAUGCCGGAGGCUAUGUUAAAAAUGGGUCCGGAAUCUCUGGUGCUGUUUUCAACCUUGCUACGUCGAUCAUUGGUGCCGGCAUUAUGGCUCUUCCUGCCACCAUGAAAGUCCUCGGGUUGGUUGUUGGGUUUGUUCUUAUUAUUCUCAUGGGGAUUGUGUCGGAGAUAAGUAUUGAAUUGCUUGUUCGGUUUUCUGCUCUUCGCAAUUCGUCUUCUUAUGGAGAUAUUGUUCAAUCUGCACUGGGCCGUCCGGCCAGGAUUAUUUCUGAGAUAUGUAUAAUAAUUAACAAUGCUGGGGUUUUGGUAGUUUAUCUGAUAAUUUUGGGGGAUGUCUUGUCGGGUUCUUCGGAUCAUGUGGGGGUUUUUGAUCAAUGGCUGGGCAGUGAAGGAGUCUGGGAUCAGCGGAAAUUGGUGAUAUUUAUCAUUGUAGUGGUUUUUCUUGCGCCACUGUGUGCUUUGGGGAAGAUUGAUUCUUUGAGCUUGACUUCAGCUGCUUCAGUGGCUCUUGCAGUUGUUUUUGUCGUAGUUUCCUGUGUGAUUGCAUUCAUUAAGCUUGUUGAAGGACGGGCAGAGACACCAAGGAUGUGGCCAGAUGUUGGAUCGAAGAAGGCUAUCAUGGAUCUGCUUGUAGUGAUUCCCAUCAUGACAAAUGCUUAUGUCUGUCAUUUUAAUGUUCAACCAAUUUAUAAUGAGCUUGAAGGACGAUCUCCUCAGAAGAUGAAUCGAGUAGGAAGGAUCACGACUGUACUCUGUGUCCUGAUCUAUGCCUCAACGGCUGUUUCUGGGUAUCUACUGUUUGGAAAGGAUACAGAAUCAGAUGUGCUGACCAACUUCGAUAAGGACCUUGGAAUACGUUUCAGUUCGGUUCUCAAUUAUAUUGUCCGAGUUGGAUAUGUUCUUCAUCUGGUACUUGUCUUCCCUGUUAUCCAUUUCUCCCUGAGGCAAACAGUGGAUGGAUUAGUUUUCCAUGGAUCACCUCCACUCUCAGGGAGUAGAAAGAGGCUCUUGGCUUUGACAGCAGUGCUGUUGGCACUUAUUUAUUUAGGAUCCACUGCAGUACCCAACAUUUGGGUAGCCUUCAAGUUUACAGGAGCAACAACUGCACUCUCACUGGGUUUUGUAUUUCCUUCUCUUAUUGCCUUGAAAUUAAAUCAUCGAGGAGAUAAUUUGAAGCAUGGAGAGAAGAUGCUGUCAUGGAUGAUGUUAAUAUUGGCAACAUUGGUUAGCAUUGUAGGUGUGAUAGGGAAUAUCUAUAGCAUCAAUAGCCAGUCUGGUUGA